AUGGAUAAGACAGACCAAAGAAAAACAUAUCAGUACAAAUUGAAAGACUCUAAGGUCGAUGAAUUGAGAAAGCUCAACGAGUUCCUGACUGAAGAUUACCGAGUAGCCUUCAAACAGGCCUAUGGCAACCUGUUGGGAGUUUUGUCUACUAAGGAAGACUCAGGGUUGAUGUUCACAUUCGCACAGUUCUAUGAUCCCAUGCUACACUGCUUCACGUUCCAAGACUUCCUUCUAGCUCCCACACUCGAGGAGUUUUCCCAUCUGCUACAGUUACCAAUCAAAGACCAAGCGCCCUACAUGAUUGAGGAUAAUUUCUUGGAUUCCGCAGAUAUAGCUCAAGCCUUGUGCAUGAAGAAGGAUCUAAUCAAGUCCACUCUCCUAAUCAAGGGUAACACACAGGGCCUACCGUCUAAGUUCUUAUUCGAGAACGCCACCGUGUUUGCCAAGAGAGGAAGUUGGGAUGCCUUUUAUGCCAGCUCCGCAUUACUCAUCUAUGGGUUGGUACUAUUCUCGAAUGUUGGAGGUUUCAUUGACAAGACCGCUAUCACCAUAUUCAUCUCCCAGAACCCAAUUCCCACCUUACUAGCUGAUGUAUACUUCUCCUUCCAUUGGAGAAACAUGAAGAAAGGAGGGACUAUCAAUUGUUGUAUUCCUUUGCUUCAGAAGUGGAUCAUGUCCCACCUACCGAAGAAAGGGCCGUUUGUUGAUAAUGUGGGUGAUCUAAAAUGGUCACAAAGGUUGAUGUCAUUAGAUGUUGAGGACGUCCUCUGGUUUAGUCUCGAUUACUUAAGGGUGGAGCUAAUCUUCCGAUGUGGGGAGUUCCCAAAUGUUCCUCUUGUCAGCAUAAAAGGGGGUUUGAUCAACUAUAACCCUGUUAUCUCAUUGCGUCAGUUGGGAUAUCCGCUCAAAGAGAAACCCGAAGACCAUCUAUUGGAAGAAUUGUUGUUAGCUGAAGGGGUUGAGAAUCCAGAGCUGAUGAAGAAAGUGCACAUAGCGUGGGGCAAGAUACAACGAGUUAGGAAGAAAGAACUAGGCAAAAAACUGUGUACCGUGACAGCUUCAUAUGCUGAUUGGGUGAAGUCAAGGGCCAAAGUGAUCAAACUGCCAUACCCAUGGGAACCUUCCAUGUGUAUCAAGACCAUCAAACCAUCUGCCUCCAUUGUUUUUGAAGUAGAUCGCCUUAAAGAAACCAUCAAGAAGUUGGAAAAAGAGAACACUGGUCUCCGUUCUAGCCUGAUAAAGGUCACCUCAGAAAAGAACUCUGAAAGCCAGUCUUAG